GUUGCGGAGAUCCUGAGGUUCCUGCCGGAUCCGUGGUUCGUCCAUCCUCUCCCCUAGAGCAGGAAGUAUCCUGCAGGGAGGGGUUCAGGUUUUCUCUCCAUAGCAUGGAAGGACCUGGAGCUAAAAUAACCUGCAACAAGGGAACCUGGAAUACAACUGGUUUAAACUGUGAAGUUGUGCUGUGCCCGGUUCUAACCCCACCAGAGAACGGAAACCUAUCCAUCUCCCUUGAUCAGGACGGACGUGAAGUAUCCGCAGAGUUUUCAUGUUCCCGUGGAUACGUUCUAUCCGGGGUAUCCGGUAUGGAGUGUGUGAAUGGAUCAUGGAGUGGGAGAGAGCCGAAGUGUUUGAUUCCGAACUGUGGAGUUCCUCCUAGAGUUCAGCAGGCAACUGCUCUACUAGUCAACGGAACUACGUCCUUGGGAGAUAUAACCUUCUUUUCCUGCAAUCCUGGAUAUAUCAUGGUUGUAAAUGCAACCUCAGAACCAAUUGCUCAGGAGAGAACUUCUAUUGUAUGUACUGAGAACAGUACCUGGAGUCCUUUAACCCAGUUCACCUGUAUCAACGCAAGUCAGCUUACCACUGGCUGGGCUGGUUCAGCAUCUUUAUCAAUCAACAUAAUAUACUGCCUCCUGGCUCUUCUCAUCACCCUGAUCAUUCCACUCAUCCUUGUCCGAUGCUGUAGGAACAGGUGUUGCAGGAGAGUGGAGAAAGCAGAAACUAGAUCAGAUCUCCUCAAAUCUCCCAACUCAGAUCUCCGGGAGUACGACCUAAGCAGGACGGAUAGUGUUGGCUCUGAAUUUGACGCCUACAGUGUCUCCGGUAUCAAAACCCCCAGUAUCGGAGUUUACAACGUAACCACAGGAUCCAUCAUUCAUCCGGCAACAGUAAAUCCAAGCACUCUGAGAUCAUUCUCAACCUCACACAAUACCUUCAAACCUUUAAACUAUCCUCUUCAAUCACUCUCUCUUCACUCCUGGAGCUCUGUACCCUCUUCUAUACCAAACAUACAAUCCCUGCCUCCUGGUUUCCUACCUGGUAGUUAUGUUGGAACCCCGAUCUCUUUCCCAGGGAAUUCAAGGUUUCCAGGUGGCAGCAUUGGUUUCCCACCCGGAUACAAUGCUGGGAGUAAUACUAGAAAAUUAUCCAAGACUGACGAACCUAAGAUUGACGAGUCCGGGUAUGCAACCCUUAUCUUGAAGAAGGAACCUCUGUAUGAACAGGUUACUCCAGAACCUGAACCCGAACCCGUUACCUACGACAGUGUACCCAGACGAUAUAGCGUACAUGAAUACAUGAACACGGAGUCCCUGGCCAAAGUGGUUGAAAAUAUACCGGAACAGGAGGACACUUCCUCGUUCCCUGACCUUCUGGAGAUGGUUACUAAGAGCAAAACUCCAAGUCCUGUUGCAAGAAUGAGAAAUGUAACUCCGGACAAUACUGACAUUGCGCAGUUGUAUGCAAAGGUUGACCUGGAGAAGAAGCGGAGUAGUCGUCCUAGCUCCGGGGAGAAUUAUGAACCAGUGGUUGGACAAUCCUUGGAUUCAUCCUAUACCAAGGGAUUGAUAAACAAGUUUAACUCUCUUAUCUAGAGUCAAAUAGUAAACUUCUAAAUUAUAGAUACUGGUUUUGGGUUUAAAAGAUAAUGUAAAAAAACCAAUAGAAAAUAUUGUUCGUCAAGGUCAGAAGAAUGUUUGAUUGUUUCCGGCCUUUUGUUAAACAUUAACGGAAGUAAUAGCAAAAUAAUGAAAGGGAUUUUAGUUUUAACCAUAAUUAGGUUCUUUUGUUCGCAAGCAAGUAUAGAUAUAUUAAAGAUCUUCUCUUUAAAAUAUUAUGACCACGUGCCUUUAUUAGAUUGUUUGUUAAACAACUUUAAUUUUGUGGGUUAGAAGAAAAAUUUUCUAGACGAAUUCAUACAAUUUUAGAAAAACAUGUAAAUCGAAACAUUUUCUAAAUACCGGGGUAUUAUAAUUCCCCAAAAUAGCUUUGUAAAGUAUAAUUCAUAAAAAUUUUCUAGUCAUUCAACUGUUAAAUUGUUUUAACUGCUUGCGUGUUUAUUUUUGACGUUGAAAGUUUCUAAGCUGUUUAAAACUUGUAAAUAU